AUGAGCGCUCCGAUACUCCCCGUUUAUCCGCAAUGGGUUGCGCAGACCCUCACACCCUACCUGCGCUACGCCUUCAAGCACUUGUUGCGUGACGAUCUCGACAUAGAGCCGUACGUCCAGCGAGCGUUCGAGACCUCUAGCUUCCAGCCCAAAUCCUCUAUCGAUGGCGACGAUCUCUUUUUUGAGCGCGUGUUCUUCGCGAUCGAACGUAGACACCAAGGCCUCCCAGCCGAGCUUAAUGGACUCACGGAUAACCUGCAGCCUCUGGCGAGGUUUCUCAUCCGGCGGGCGCAGCUAAAGGGACCCUACGAGCUGCUGCAUCGCAAUGCGCAGCCUAGUGAAUCAUGGAAGAAGUACGAGAGUGUACGGCUCACGCAGAUUGCGGCCGAAAACGCGAGAG